CGGCUAAAAGCACCAAAAGUAAACAAUAUCUCGAGUUUUUCUAUAAUCAGAUAUGAGUAACGAGAAGCUUACAGCGGACGAAAUCGCCUUAUAUGAUAGACAAAUUAGAUUGUGGGGGAUGGCAACCCAACUUAGAUUAAGAUCAGCUAAAAUCUUAAUUAUCAAUUUAGGAGCAGUAGGCUGUGAAAUUGUUAAAAACUUGGUUUUGGGUGGUUUGAAUACAAUUGAAAUCUUAGACAAUUCCAAAAUUCAAGAAGAAGAUUAUGCAGCACAAUUUUUUUUACCAAAUGAUGACAGUUUAAUCGGACAAACCAAAUUACCUCAUGUGAUUCCUCAAAUCAAAGAUUUAAAUAAAAGAGUCAAUUUAACUAGCAAUACUGAUGAUUUCAAUGACUACCUUAGCAAGGAUGACCAUGAUUUUUUUAAGAAAUUCGACUUGAUAAUUGCUACAGAACUUUCUAAAGAUCACAUCUUCAAGCUCAAUAAGAUAACUCGAGAUUUAAAGAUACCUUUAUACGUGACAGGUUUACACGGAAUGUUUGGUUAUAUAUUAACUGAUUUGAUAGAACACAAAUCUAUAUCCGAGAAGGAUCUUGGUAACCAGCCAAGACAAUCAAACACACAGAUUAAUAGAGUCAAAUCAAUAACUAAUGUUGAACUAGUGGAGAGUGAAAACAAGGAAGUGGUCACCAUAGUUGAUAAGUUUGUGCCUCUUGACAAUAUUUUCAAAUCAAAAGAACUACCUUCCCAAUUGAAUAAACGUCAAUUGAAAAGAUUAACAGCUGCAUUUCCUCUCAUUUUUUCACUUUUUGAAUUUCAACGUCAUUUGAAUCCUGAAGAUACUAUUGAUUUCUCUAAACUUCAAGAAAAAGGGAAAGAGAUAUGUGAAUCCUUCGAUAUUCCAUUAUCAGUUCUAACCGACGAAUAUCUCGAAUAUUUCAGCAACCAAGCAUUUACUGAAUUUGCACCAGUCUCAGCUAUAUUGGGAGGGUGUUUAGCACAAGAUGUUAUACAAUUUUUAAGUAAGAAGGAUAGUCCCAUUAAUAACUGUUUAAUUCUUGACGCCAUAAAAUCCGAAAUGCCUAUUUACCUGUUAUAAUUAUUGUUUAAAAAAUUUAACGAAAU